AACCAGAAAGCAGAAAUUUUGUGACGUUUGAUGGUUUCGUUUUCGAUUUAUAUCGUUAUCUGAGGGUGAUAAAGAUGUUUGAGGAAAAAGAUAGUGAGGAAGGCCUGCUCUACCUCUGGAAAUGCCAGGCAGACGUCGCCCUCAAGUCAUCCAGCAUCUUCCACAAGAAACCCAUCAUCAAGGUUGCCAUCGGUUACAGCCAUUGUGCCUUCCUCACAAGAGAUCAGGAUGUCUAUUGCUAUGGCAACAAUAACUACGGGCAACUGGGCAUCGGUAGCCUUGACAACCAACUGGAGAGUCCUCAGAUGGUCGAAGACUUGAGAGGAUGUGGUGUCAUUGAUGUCGAGGUCGGAACCAAUCACACUGCUGUUACUUGCCACACCGGAGACGUUUUUUGUUGGGGCGACACCCGUUUUGGACAAUGUGCCCGGAAGGAGCAGGACAAAGUGAGUUCUCCACAACUUGUGGUUAUUAUUGAAAACACUGGACACUGCGAACACGGGGUGCCCAAGGUCACGAAGAAGGUCAACAUUUGUCAGGUUGGCUGCGGUGAAAAGCAUACCUUGGCGUUGACGGAUGAUGGGGAGUUAUGGACCUGGGGAUCUGGAUGCCAGCUUGGUCUGGCAAAUGUUGGCGAGACUUUUACGCCGCAAAAAGUGGAAUAUUUUGGCGGUAGGAAGGUGCUGAGUAUAAGUUGUGGUGAUUUGCAUAGCCUCGCCUUGGUUAAAAAGCUUCCUAAGGUGCAAGGAAAGAGUCUGAAGGCAAGAGCUGAUUCAGCGGAUAUUUUGACCCACGAUGAUCAACCGUCUACUUGUGCAAAAUGUAAGCAAGAGAUUUAUACGAUGACAGAUUUGAAUGACACCUGCGUGAUUAGUACGGAACAUAGUUGUGGCGGGGACCUGUGUCCCUUGGGGUUGGAGGUCGAAGAGGGGGAGAUGCCAAAUCGGGGUGUAAGUCGAAGUGCGAGCGUAGAUAAACUUGCAGAAUCACCCCGUGAUUCAUCGAAAUCGGACAGUAGAAUUUCACCACCCAGGCGAAGCAUCUCAGAACCAAGUGCCCAUUCUAAACCUGGUAGCCAGGCUGAACUGCGCCUCGGACAUGAGCGGACAAAGUCUGGAAUUAGUGGCGUUGGUUCGAGUAUCUUGAAAUCGCACACGAGUACUUUUCUUGACGAGGCAGAGGCAAAGGAGUUUUUGGAGCGACAGUUAUCCGGCAGCUGCGAAGUGGAUCUGCUGCAGCAGCAGACGAAAAAUUCUGUGAUACGUGAUAAGAUUGAAAACUUGUGGUCAAACGUGACGCAGCCGAGUGCAAUUGCUACGCAGGUAUCGAAUGAGAUAUCGUCAAUGAGGAAUAGAGUUGUGACGAAUAUUCGCCGAAUGUCGCAGGGUUUUGGUGGUGUCACUUUCGAGGACUUUCCAAAGUCUGCCAGUCAGGAUUCGAUCACUGUUCAAAGUUCAACAGACGUGUCUCCACUCCGUGGUAAAUCAUCGUCAGAUGUUUCUACGAUGUCACCUGGAGAACAAGAUAACGUCUACAGCUUGUCAAUGCGUGAUUCCUCCAUUGUGUUGCCCGAGGAUGAUUCAAAGAAAGAGACUUUAGAGGGUGCUACCGAUAGUGGCGUCUGCUCUGAGGGGCUCGAUACAAGCCAAGAAGAACCCACUGGUUCAGCUCCUGACGCAAUCUUCGAGGCAAGCACAGACUUGGAUGCCUCAAAGCUUCUGAAAGCGAAGCUAGAGUUCCGGUUUUCUCCCGCAAACUCGUUGACGAGUAGUGAUCAGACAUUAGAUGACUCAGUGGAAUCGAGCAAGGAGAGUUUAGAAGGUGAAGGGGUGAGUCACACAGGUGGGAAAGGGAUGUCUCCGACCAGCAGUAAGGAGAGUCUUAACACGGAUCAAGGCAAUCUCCAGAGCAGCGAAAGUCCGGAAAAAAUUGUACCAGUGAUUAUGCCAAACGCAAAUGGUCACAGCGGCUCCAUGACGAAGAUCAUGGAGAUAAAAUCUGAGCAUAAUAAAGAGAAGACGGUUGCUCGGCAGAAGCCGGACCCGCAGUGGAAGAAGAUGCCGGUGCUGGAGAGGAUGGGGUCCUUGAAGGAUAAGCAGGAAGGGAGGAAGAUAUCGGUGAAGAGAUUGACAGAGAUUCUGAAUGAACUGCCCAAGAAGUUGGAAGAGCCAGAGGAUGCGUGUAUUGAGACCGAGGUAUGGAGUUGGGGGCGAGGGAAAUGUGGUCAGCUUGGACAUGGAGACAUGUUGGACAGGCCUCAGCCAAGCUGCGUGAAGAUCCUGAGCAACAAGCACAUCAUCAAGGUGGUUGCCGGUGCUAAGCACUCCCUCGCACUCACCUGCAAUUCUCAGGUUUUUGCCUGGGGUCAAAAUGACAACUACCAACUGGGCCACAAUGAGUGUCCUACGAUCACCCCUAACAAGAUCAAGGGCCUAAAUAAUUGUCUCAUUUGGGACAUAUCGGCAGGACAACUAGAGUCCCUCCUCUCGGCCUAUCAGAACAGUCACCAGCCAGAGAUAUACUUCUGUGGCAUCCAAGACAGGUUCAUCACAGGAUUAUUAUCAGGCGCGAAAAUGGGGACAGAGUCAGUAGUACAAGCGGAAUAUGUGCCAAAGAGAUUAAGUCAACUCAAAAAAGUUGGAUGGGUGAAGCAGAUCACGGCCGGAUCCCAGAUGUGCGCAAGCAUAGUCGACAAGACAUCAGGCCUGAUAGCGCUACUUCACGAGUUCUCAGCCAGCGAGCGUAGCUUCUUCAACCAGCUCGAGAAUAUCUAUCUAUCUGUGAUACGUCCACUUGUUAGUACAGAUGUCUAUUCGGCAGUGGACACUUCGACAUGUGGAGAGGCCAUCAAAGACUUGUUUGACACUUUUGCUAAUGUUAUGAACAUGGUUGGCAUAAACAUUGUGCAAGUGACUCAAGUGAUCCAGGGCGACCAGUCUCUCUACCAAAUCUACAUGCUCUCACACCCAGAAGAGACCAUCCAGAUAUUUAACCAGUUCUCGCACAGCUUUGGUAAUGUGCUCGCCAUGGGAGGAUUUGAGUUCUUGGCUAAAACAGCUGGGACGUUUUUAGAGAAGCUUCAAGAUGUUUUCGCUGAGUUGCUGGAGGAAGGACGGGUUGACAAAAUGAACUGUGGUAUAACUUUCAGACGUUUGAUGCAGAUUCCGUUACGUAGGCUCAAAGAUUAUAAGAAACAGAUAAAGAAAUUCUCCAUGGAUGUUGCAGAGGACACAGAGGAGCACGAACACCUGACAUACAUCUGUGCAUUAUGGGAUGCUUUGAUCGAAUCGGCGAAGAUCGAACACACAAGCUGCGAGAACACGCGCAUAUUCUGGGAAGCUAGUCCGGCAAAGCUAGUCGACUCGUUACGCGGCAAGGGGCGGCGUCUUAUCCGGGAGAGCAAGACUAAUUCCUUGACCCUUUAUAAUGCAGGACGAUUUGCAGCACACUGGUUCUUCCUCUUUAGCGAUGUAUUUGUACAUUCACAUUAUUCUUCCACGGAGGUCUUCCCCCUGCAGUCCAUCUGGAUGGAGACGCUCUCAGAUACCGACCAAGUCUCGAAUGCCAUUCAAAUGAUCACACCAGAAAAUCAACUCACGUUGAUAGCACCAACAGCCUGUGACAAGUCUGAUUGGCUAUGGGCGAUCAACCAGGCUGUUGACAAGGUCCUAAUGCAAGACAAGAACAACGUCGGCAAACGCAACACAAUCGGCGGCCAUGUUUUACCCCCACUCACGAGGCACGGCAUCAGUCAUACGUUCUUGAAGAGUGGGCUGAUGAAGGAUGCCACCUAUAAGGGGUCAUGGUAUUCGGGCAAAAUGAAUGGAAACGGUGAACUUACUUGGAUGGAUGGCAGGAAGUACACAGGGAAGUUUAAGAAUGGUCUUCAGCAUGGCCAAGGGGUCAAUGUGGUGCCGAAGACAGACUCGGUAGAGGUCUAUGAGGGGAACUUGAAGGACGGAAAAAUGCAUGGAUUUGGUUGUAUCAGAUACGCCAAUGGUGAUGUGUACACAGGUUACUUCAGAGAGGGCCAGCGACAUGGCCAUGGGGUACUGAAACAGGGCAGCUUGAACAGCACUAGUCUUGCCAGUAUCUAUAUUGGAGAGUGGCUCAACGAUAAGAAGUAUGGAUAUGGCGUGGUAGACGAUAUUCUGAAAGGUGAAAAGUACAUGGGUAUGUGGAUGGAGGACAACCGGCAGGGCGCAGGCAUUGUGGUGACGUUGGACGGCAUGUACUUUGAAGGAAACUUCCAGCAAAACAAACUCACUGGUUACGGCCUGAUGAUGACUGACGACAACUCGUGCUACGAGGGCGAAUUCAACUACGGUACCCAGCUCUAUGGCAAGGGUGUCCUCACCUUCCCUAACGGAGAUACCAUGGAUGGGCAGUUCACUGGAGCAUGGUCGGAGGGUAUCAAGGUCAACGGGUUGCUGAAGAAGGCAACCGUCAAUGUGAAGGAGGCAAAGGGCUUUUCUCAUGCCCUUGGGAUUAUUCCAAAGACCUUUGGUGCACUGUGUGUCCCCCCGGACAGAAAAUGGGAGGGUAUCUUUGACCACUGCCGAGCAAUCCUUCGAUGCCAAGCGGGCAACGGGAAGCCCGACUGCAACAAAGCGUGGGAAAUGGUAGCAGUGAUGGUCUCUGCUGGGAAGAAGGCGUUGCGGGAUUCGGAGAAUAGGAUGUCACCGCGGUCGAGGGUUCGUAGCGAAGGGUUGGAGGAGUUGGAAAUGAUUCCUCCACGCAGCGAGGGCCUACUGACCGUGGAGAAUUAUCACCAGAUCAAUAGCUAUUUGAAAACGGCCUUCAACACGUCAUUUCAUCCCCUCGGUAAACUGAUGGAGAGUCUCGUGGAUGUAUACCGGGCGACUUACGUUGGUGUUGGGGCUCAUCCACGAUUACUACACCACGCAGUACUUGAGAUUAAAUCUUACAUAGUCAGGAUGUAUUAUAUUCUCAGGGUGUUGUUUCCAGAACUGCCCGAGACAGAUAUGCCUUGUCAGAUCUUUCCCGAGGGCAAGACUCCUGAGGCAGUGGAGGGCGAUGAUUUCACACUCCGAGCUGUGGAUGAGGAGAGUGAAGAUGGAAGUGAAGUGAUCACAGCGACUGGUAUCCUCCACAGCUUCCUCCUGCCGAAAGUCUACCCGCCCCUUUUCACGCUGUACGCCCUCUAUAACGAGCGUGAGGACGAGAGGUACUGGGAACGUGUCCAGCGCCUGAAUCGCCAGUCUGACAUGGCACUGCUCUCCUACCUAGGCGUUGACGGACGAUUCUGGCCGAUGGAUGAUCUGUCCGUUGAUCUGUCGAAGCAGAAAGCUCAGGUGUCCACUAUCAGAGACCAGUGUUACAAGGGAGCUGUCGAAUCACUCCAGCAGCUCAGCACAGCGUUUUGUCCUGCGGAGAAACUGGAUACCAUCAGAAACACAUUCAAUGACCUCAAUAGGGCUGUCCAGAAGAUGUUGGGAGACGACUACCUCUGGUGUAUGGAUGAUCUCUUCCCGGUGUUCCAGUAUGUCGUGGUACGGGCGAGGAUACGCCAUCUUGGCGCGGAGAUCCACUUCAUUGACGAUCUGAUGGAGGCUCACUUGGAGCUGGGAGAACUUGGCAUUAUGUUCACGACCCUCAAGGCGAGCUAUUUCCAGAUUCAAAAUGAGAAAAUUCUUCUCUGAAUCGGAAUUGUUCAACCACUAUAUACUCCCUUUCCUCACGUAUACCGUCUUUCUGUACCGCUAAUACAAAAUAAGUGUCCAUACAUUGGGUGGGGUACACAAUAGGGUUUACAUAUGCGGGGCGGUUUUUCUUUGCCCACGUGAUGAAUGGGCAUUGUCCAUUUGCUCCGCCUCGGUCACACCAUGAAUAAAGCCCAAACAGGAUUAUCUGGUAAUAAAACCCGUUUAAUUCAUUUAAAAUCCCAUCGAGCAAUGGUAGUGGACUGCAAGUUGUUGUCUCUGGUCAUAGGUCAGUGCCACGAUCUGAGCCAAUCAGUCUAAUCCACUACGCCUAACCUUUGUAUUAGGUAUGUGAGGUAUUCAUCCCUUCGGGCCUCUUGAAUAUGGCACCCAAAGACGGUAUACGUGAGGAAACAAGGGUACAUAAAGUCAAUUCCCCAGGAGCUGACAGGCAUCUUCUAAGGGACUACAGUGUACAUUUCUGUUGGAAUGAACAUGUUGAGUUUCUUUUUAGUCUUUGAUUUGAAACAGGCCUUUCAUAUUGCAAAAAUAUCGAUUGUUUUUUUUUUCCUGGGAGUCUGAAAAGGAGGUGUUUUGGGGUGAAACAUGCUGAAAGUACUAAUUAGUCAUCUAUGUAUGUUAGUGUUACGAAAAUAAAUAUUUGGCUUCAUUUGGAUUUGAGAUGGUCCCUCAACGAUGUACAUAUAUCAUCACUGUAAGAUAUGUAUUUUAUGGCAUACUUUAGCUAAAGAUUUCUUCCUGUGAUCAUGUGAAAAUUUUAGUGGCUUUUGUGUAAAUUUUAUUUGAAACAAGAUCAGAAGAUUACUCCUCAUAUUGCCAGUUUUUUAAUUAUGGUCAAUAAAAUUGUUCACUGUGAUCUUCUUUUUGGUAGUAAAUGAUGAGCAAAUUAUUUUGUUUCUUUAUAGCGGUGUACAUGGAGAUGUUUCUUCUAAUUUUUGGACCCAACUCAAUUUCCAGGUUAGAGGCUGGCCAAUUAAGUAAAACAAAAUCUGCAUUGGAAGCCUUUGACGAAUUCAAGGAGUCGGAACAAAAAAUGUUAUUUCAUAACCAUGGUAACAGAAAUGUGAUAAUCCUCUCGGGUCCAAAAGUUUGAUUUAAGAAAUAUCAAACUUUUAUGGAUUCGACUGAUCACCGAGCGGCCCAAAAGGGUGCGAGAUUUACUUCUGAAAAAGCCUUUUGGUAUGACCUAAUAAUACAUUGGACGAUACUGAAAUACUGGACUACCAAUAUAACUGGCUUAGUAAUUUUAUUCAUGUCUUCUGAAAUGGUGCAUAUAUUGGGCCAUAUGAAUAAAAACUAGCAUGUCCUUGGAAGCAAAUCCUUCUAGUAGAGGCAGUAUUUGCUAAAAGUAGAAGAUUAUUCAUACGAACCGCUUACUUCAAUUUUCUAGCCACCUCAGGAGCAACCUUGAAAAAUAGAAGCAUUUCCUAUCAAGUAUAAAGCAUAUGCUAAGCUUUAUUCAUAUUCUUUCGAAGCAAACUCUAGACGCUGAAAAGUGUUUGACUUGUCGCAAAGACUUAAAUUUUCGAGCAUUUGCUUCUGUUUUAUUCAUACGAGUACAAGCAAAUGCUUCAAAAUCGGUAGAGAAAGCAAAUGCUAGUUUUUAUUCAUAUGGCCAAUUGUAAUUGGAAUAUUGUCUUUCUGCAUGUUAUUUUAUUCUUUCUGUCCUCAGUAUUUGUUUUUGUUUCUUUGUCUGUUGUUAUCAGGACUUCCAGGUCUAUUGAUAAUAAACUGGUCAUGAUUUCUCA